CAAUUGCGAACGUGUUCUGUGUUCAGAUGAAAGCCAAGCGCCAACCGCUGAAGCUUCGCUGACCGAGUGCAAAGCUCCACUCGACCGCGAUGAAGCUAUAGCUUCUCCUUGUUCGGAUACCCUUCCCGGAACGCCUGCCGCAAGCGUAAGGUAGUUAUGGCGUCCGGACGCCAAUUACACUUUUUGCUCGCCUUUUUCUACUUCAAUGCCCUGCUUUUUGGGCUGGGGUCCGCUGCAGCUGCCGACGAGGGCGAGUCGAUCCUGCACAGCGAAAUCGGGCGGCAGAACAACCAAAGCCUACUAUGGGGCCCCUACCGCCCCAAUCUCUACUUUGGCGUGCGGCCCAGGAUACCCAAGAGUCUGAUGACGGGCUUGAUGUGGGGCAAGGUCGAGACGUACACAGAUUUCCAGAACACGGUCCGGUACACGUGCGAGCAGAAUGAGGGCAUGAAGGGCUACGGCUGGGAGGAAUACGAUCCUAGAAAGGGCGGUGUCCAGUCAAUUCAUGAUAUUGAGAACGGCAUCGACAUCACCACUUCUUUCGUCAAGAUCCCCGGCGGCGCUCACGGCGGCAACUGGGCGGCUAGGAUCAAGGGUGUCAUUAACGAGGACUCGCCCAAGGAUCAGAAAACGACUGUCAUUCUUUACGUCACCCAGGAAGGGGGCGAUUCGGAGCUUCAGGCGCUGCCGGGCGACGACGACACGGGCUAUGAAGGCGAUGUCACGCUCAAAGGGCGCUCAGAGCCGUUGGGGAACUACAAGCUAGUCGUCACCAAGGGGGAGGGAGUCCAGCCCAAAAGUGACCAUGGAAUCUCCGAAAUCCGCGGGCCUGGCCAGACAGUCGUGCAGUCCCUGACCUACCCCGACGAGGUUGUCUGGCAGGCGAAACCGAUCCUGUUCAAGCAGCUCAAGGAGGGCGUCGAUUUUUUGGUCGAGAACAAGUACGAUGCCCUCAGCGCGCCCCCGCCGUGGCAGGUGUACCAGCUCGCCAACCGGCCUGGUGCUGGAAAUGUACAGAUCGUGCAGAAGACUUUUGAGGGCGACUUUGAGUUUGAUAUUCUUUUCUCUAGCGAGUCUAUGGGCAAGGAUAUUACGAGCGACGAUCUGGCGAGGGAAAUCAAGGAGACGACUGGGGCAUUUGGUGAGCGCUUCUCGAGCGUCUUUGCUCUGAAGGCCCCGUACAAUACCGAUAAAUUCAAGAAGUUUGCCCGCAGUAUGUUUUCCAAUCUAAUUGGAGGCAUUGGGUAUUUUUAUGGGCAGUCCGUGGUCGACCGCUCGUAUGCGCCUGAGUACGAAGAGGAGAACGAAGGCUUCUGGGAAGAAGCUGUCGAGGCCCGAGCUCGCCGGCAAGAGGCGCUGGAGGGUCCGUACGAACUAUUUACGAGCAUCCCGUCCCGGCCUUUCUUCCCUCGGGGCUUCCUGUGGGACGAGGGCUUCCAUCUCCUUCCCAUCGCCGACUGGGAUAUGGACCUUGCCCUGGAGAUCAUUAGGAGCUGGUUCAAUCUGAUGGACGAAGACGGGUGGAUUGCCCGUGAGCAGAUUCUAGGCGCCGAGGCCCGGAGCAAGGUCCCGCAGGAAUUCCAAACCCAGUAUCCUCAUUACGCAAACCCGCCCACCCUCUUCCUUGUCAUUGACGGAUUUGUCGAGAGGCUCCGCAAGAUGAAUGGAAGCAUGCCCGCUGUUAGGGAGCGCCUCUCACAAGACGAGUUUCUGGCAACGGCAUCUCUUGAUAACCCGGAAGUCGGCUUGGAGUAUCUCCGGCGGCUGUAUCCACUCCUCCGGCGCCAGUUCUUCUGGUUCAAGAAGACCCAAUUCGGCGACAUCAAGUCGUACGACCGCGAGGCCUACUCCUCCAAGGAAGCCUACCGCUGGCGCGGCCGCACCGCCACGCACUGCCUGACGAGCGGACUGGACGACUACCCGCGCCCGCAGCCGCCGCACCCAGGAGAGCUGCACGUUGACCUGAUGUCCUGGGUUGGAGUGAUGUCCAAGUCGCUCAUCAACAUCGCCGACGCGCUCGGCCUGGCCGAGGACGUCAGCGAGUUCAAAAAGACACUCGACGCCAUUGAGCACAAUUUGGUUGACCUCCACUGGUCCGAGAAGGAAGGCUGCUUCUGCGACGCCACCAUUGACGAUUUCGAGGAGAACAAGCUUGUCUGCCACAAGGGCUACAUCUCCCUGUUCCCCUUCCUCGUGGGUCUGCUCAAGGCCGACGACCCCAAGCUGGGCAGGAUCCUGGCGCUCCUGGGCGACGAGGAGGAGCUCUGGAGUCCGCACGGCCUGCGCAGCCUGAGCAAGAAGGACGAGUUUUACGGCACCAACGAGAACUACUGGCGCAGCCCGGUGUGGAUCAACAUCAACUACCUUGCCAUUGUCCAGCUGCAUAACAUUGCAACCCAGGACGGCCCGCACAAGGAGACGGCCCGGGACCUGUACUCGCGGCUGCGCAGAAACAUUGUCGAUACCGUGUACAACAGCUGGGAGGAGACGGGCUUCGCGUGGGAGCAGUACAACCCCGAGACGGGCAAGGGCCAGCGCACCCAGCACUUCACUGGCUGGACGAGUCUGGUGGUCAAGAUUAUGGCCAUGGAGGAUCUUGGAGGGACCGGGGCAGGGCACGUGAGAGACGAGCUGUAGUAGGUGAGACACAGCAUCUAGUUUAGAAUAGAUAGGGGCGGUUAGGUGACUGGACACAAAAUUUGUAAAGUAUCGGAUGGAUUGGACGGAAAAGGCUAUGAAAACUGAUCAUUCGUGGUUAUGGCUCAGGCGUCAUCAUGCAUAGGACUAGUCUUCGAUUCAGGCAGGGUGUAAGUGAUUCAGGGCUUAGGCCAUGUGCUCCAUGGGUUUAGCAGGCGUAACUAAACGGCAGUCAAGUUUUGAAUAGUACAUUGCUAAUGCCAUGACAAUUCCAC